CUCGUAGCCCCCACUUGCUGCUUCUUCCUCCUUUCCUCCUCCUCCGAUCCUACAGUGGAGCCGCGGCUGGCAGCAUCACCCCUCUUCUUAUCCUUUUAACUGCUGGACUUCUCCUUCUUCCUCUUGUUUCGAGCUGACUGCCAAGCUUAUGGAAAGAGAGAAAUCAGCAGCAGAGCAGAUAGACAUAGAGAAAGAGAGAGAGAGGUAUAGUUUUGCUGCUAUAAGUCUGUAGCGAGAGGAGAAGACGAUUGCUUGAGUGUGCACGGCGGCGAUGAUGGGAGCUGCGGUGACCAUGGUGGAUCGGCGCAUGUCGUUCGCGGCGGAGGCGGACGGCGACAGCAAGGCCGCCUUCGGAUUCUUUGGGGGCGAGUGCUUCAUGGGGGAGGGCGACCUCGUGAACCCGGCGCCGGCGCAGCAGGUGCACGAGGGGUUCGGCGACGACGAGAGCGACGACGACGUGGACGACAUCGAGGAGCUGGAGCGGCGCAUGUGGCGCGACCGCGUCCGGCACAAGCGGCUCAAGGAGCUGCAGCAGAGCCGCGGCGGGAGGGAGAGGGGCGGCGGCGGCGGCGAGAGGCAGCAGCGGCAGUCGCAGGAGCAGGCGCGGCGGAAGAAGAUGUCGCGGGCGCAGGACGGGAUCCUCAAGUACAUGCUCAAGAUGAUGGAGGUGUGCAACGCGCAGGGCUUCGUCUACGGCAUCAUCCCGGAGAAGGGCAAGCCGGUGAGCGGCGCCUCCGACAACCUCCGCUCCUGGUGGAAGGAGAAGGUCCGCUUCGACCGCAACGGCCCGGCGGCCAUCGCCAAGUACCAGGCCGACAACGCCGCGCCGGGCACCGAGGGCGACGUCGGCGGCGCCGCGCCGGCCGGCCCGCACUCCCUGCACGAGCUGCAGGACACCACGCUGGGAUCGCUGCUCUCGGCGCUCAUGCAGCACUGCGACCCGCCGCAGCGCCGCUUCCCGCUCGAGAAGGGCGUGCCGCCGCCGUGGUGGCCGGAGGGGACCGAGUCGUGGUGGCCGGAGGCCGGCGUGCCCAAGGAGCUCGGCCCGCCGCCGUACAAGAAGCCGCACGACCUCAAGAAGGCGUGGAAGGUCGCCGUGCUCACCGCCGUCAUCAAGCACAUGUCCCCCGACGUCGAGAAGGUCCGCCGCCUCGUGCGGCAGUCCAAGUGCCUGCAGGACAAGAUGACCGCCAAGGAGAUCGUCACCUGGCUCGCCGUCCUCAAGCAGGAGGAGGACCUCUACCUCAAGCUCCAUCCCGGCGCCUGUCCCCCGCCGCUCUCCGCCGCAGCGGGCGCGAUCUCGUUCAACGCCAGCAUCUCCGGCGAGUACGACGUCGACGGAGUCGACGGCGACGAGGCGGGAAACCUCCAGAAGGCACCUUCCGACGCGACCGCGUUCAUGGACCUUACCAUGGACGCUGCUCUGAGCAACAAGUUCCUGAUCAUGCCGGCGGCGCUGAUGAAGGAGGAGGCCAUCGACGUCGACUUCGUCCAGAAGAGGAGCGCGCCGGCCGCCGACGAGCCGGAGCUGAUGCUGAGCAACAGCAACACCCGCAUCUACACCUGCGACAACGUGCAGUGCCCGCACAGCAACUACGCGCUCGGCUUCCUCGACCGCAACGAGCGCAACGCCCACCAGUACGCCUGCAAGCACAACAACGCCGCCGAGAGCAAGGCGCCGCCGCACCUCUUCGAGCCACUCGCCGGCUUCGACUUCGACCUGCCCGUCGACGGCCAGAGAUGCCUCGCCGGUCUGAUGACCAUGUACGACGCCGACGUCGCCACGCAGAGGAACGACACCCUGAUCAACAAUGCGAUGCAGCAGCAGCAGCAGCAGGUUAAUUUCUUCAUCCGCGACGACGCGCCGUUCGGAGGCGACGUCGCCGCGGCGGCACCGGCACCGGAGUUCAGGCUCAGUUCAAGUUUCAACGUGUCAGGAGGUGGCGCCGUGGAAUACGGUGGCGCCAUGCAGCAACCGCCGGCGAAGUACGCGGGAUCCUACUGGUUCUACUGAAACGAUCAAAUUGAAUGGAGAUGAAGAAUCGCCAUCGAUAGAUCAGUAGCUUGUAGCUGUAGGGCAUUAGAACUCAUAAUUAAGCCUGAUUAAAUCUCAGUGUGCUUGUAAGAAUUGUUGGUUAAUAAUUUUCAGUGUAGAUCCAUGCAAAAUGCAAGCUUGCAAACCAGAUAGCUGCAAAUGGUUCAUGCCAUCAAACCUCUUUAUGGAAACUUUCAUGUUGAUUUC